ACGGGCACGCAAAUCACGUGGACUAAAGACAAAAGUACAGAGAGCAUCAUCUCGAGAUGGGGCACAUUGAUCGAUAACAAAGAUACGAAUUUGGAGUUUGUGAGCAGCACCUUCGGAGGGAUGCUAAACUCCCUCCGGCUGAAGAACGUGACGAUGAACAAUAGUGGAACUUACGAAUGCAAGCUCACCACCAACAUGGGGUCAAGAAUAACAAUCGUCAAACUGGUUGUGCACGAAUCCCCCGAGAUCAUUCUACCCAAAGUCCUCUUGGACGGCUCCGAUGAAGCGUCCGUCGCCUGCCAGACACCGAAGGACGUCCGCUUAGCAGGCAUGUCGUGGAAGCUGUCCAACGGAACAAUGAGGCAGCAGAUAAACUACCGGAACAACACUUCGACGGCCUUUCUCAAGCCGACGCCAGAGAUGCACGGGCAGACCUUGACGUGCUUCGUCGAAUUCUCCGGCGGCGUGGGGAAAGUGGAGCAGUCGGUCGUGCUCGACGUCAAGUACCUGACUUUGACGAUCGUGGACGGUGGCGGCCCCCAUCGCAAAGGUCAACAGAGUGUCAAUCUCACUUGCAAAGCCAAGGGCAACCCCAUGGCCACGAGCUACUCCUGGACAACGUGA